AAUAACGUAAUGUCACGAUUGACACAAAUGUUAUAAACGUCAAAACUGUCAUCUCGUCAAAUAGAAAAAUUAAUUGAUAAUUUUAUGUUUAUGAGUUUAUGUGCCAAUAAAACAAAGCUGAUAAAUCAUAUGGUUCCGAAUACUGCAACAAUGGGUGAAAAUGAUCGGAAAAAUUCUAAUUCGAACAGUGCGAUGGACCAAAUAAUUGGGAAUGUGACUGCAGAAAUGCAAAAUUUAGAUGGUCAAUAUAUUCCUCUAGCUUAUUCAACACCACCUGCUUCAAAUAUUCCACAAGAGAAUAUCAAUUGGAAUCAUCAAAAUUCAUACGAACUCCAUUAUAACAGGGCUUGCAAUGAACCGCAUAUGUAUAACUCGAAUCAGCAGUUUAAUCAACAGUCCUAUAAUUUUAUUCAGCAACCUUCUGCCUCUCAGCAUCUUUAUGUUCCUACUAAUCAUGUAUUCAAUAAACAGAAAAAUAUGAAUUAUGAAAUGUAUCAAAAUUUUCAAGGCAACGCUAACGAUGUCGAUAUGUUCGAUAAUAACUUUCAUUUACUGAGAAAUCAGAAUUUCCAAAGGGCUCCACAUCCAAACGAGCAAGUUUUGCAAUCUCAUCAUAUAUCCAAUCACACCCAACUCAUUGAAAAUUUAGUUGGAAACUGGGUUACUCCAAAUACUAGUGGUACUUAUUCGCCAUUUGGGAAUACUGACCUCUACAAAAGUAAUGGAAAUAUGUUUGACACAUUAGAUAAUAGCGUUAAUAAAUCUGCAGCUGAAGAUAAUCAGUUCAGUAUUGGUGAACAAUCUAUGGAUGAAAAAUUUCAAUUCAACCGUGACACUAGAAAACCACGUAUAAUUGCAGAAGUCAAACCAAUGCGUCCUACUUACUCUGAUGUACUGGCCAAGUCAGUCCCUCAAUCCACUGCUAAGCCUUCCAAAAAUGAAAUUAAAGAUAACAAAUUAAAGAAAGAAUCUAGUAAGAAAAAUAAAUCUGAGAAGGUUGUGAAGCCAAAUACUCCUCUUAAUAGAUCGAGUACUAAUAACGAUCUUAAUAUUAAAGAAGUUUCUUUGGAAAAAAAUCAAACAUUGAAAAAUGAUAAGAGUAAGAUCUCAAAAACAGGACAGCUGGAUAGAAAAUGGGCAUCCCUAGAUAACAUUUCUGAACCUCAAAACAAAAGUAACAAGUCUAAGAAAAAAGAGGAAGAUGGUACCAAUCAGUCUAAAAAUAUACUAAAAAAAGUUAAAAAUGCUAAUAAUGUUCCUGAAAAUGAAAUUAAUGGUAUAAAGAAUGAAACCUACUGGAUAAGUAAGAAUGGUAUGAAAAAAGGAAAUAAAAUAAAUAACAGAGUCAGUAAGAACACAGAUACUCCCAAUGGAAAUGAAAGGCCACCCGGUAAACGGAAUCAGAGAGUGAAAAAAAAAGACAAUAAUGUAGUGUUAGGGUUCAUCAAACAGAAACUGAAAAUUUAUCUAAAAAGCUGGUGGAAAAUUAUUUCAGUUUUUGUAUUAUGGCUUUACCAAGUGAUCUCAGAUAUAUGCAGCCUAAGUUUGCAUAUUAGCCAUGAUGUUGCGAUCUCUUCUUGGAGUUGGUUGUGUAUACAAUGGGGGACCUUUUCUACAACAGCCAUGGCACUUUUAAAACAAUUGAGUCUGCUGAAUUGGAUUUUGGAAAAAUUCAAAAGAACAAAGACAACUGAAAAGCCUAGUGCUUCAUCAUUCACUCAAAUGGGUCUUAAACACAACUUACCAAUGCCAACAACUGGUGAAGAAGCAAUGAAAAGGCUUCUUGCUUGUAAAGGAAAAGACCCCUACAGUAUUUUAGGCGUAUCUCCGACAUGUUCAGAUGAUGACAUAAAAAGAUAUUAUAAAAAGCAGGCAGUUCUUGUUCAUCCAGACAAAAAUCAACAACCUGGAGCAGAAGAAGCUUUUAAAAUUUUAGUUCAUGCUUUCGAUAUGAUAGGGGUACCUGAAAGAAGAGCAUCUUAUGAUCGAGGUGUUGCUGAAUCAGCCCAAGUAGAACAAGCAUGGAGCGAGUUGACAGAACUUCUGGCUCAGCUACAGAAGAAGGUAGCAGCUGCUGCCAAUACUAUAAGAUGCAGUGCAUGUGGACAAAGGCACAAAAGGAUAAAGGUGGACCGACCAAUAUAUGCUGCUAGAAACUGUAGUACCUGCAAAAUUCAUCAUGCUGCAAGGGAAGGUGAUAUUUGGGCAGAAUCACAAUGUUUUGGAUUCCUCUGGCAUUAUUUUGCUUGCAUGGAAGGAGGAGUAUAUGACAUAACUGACUGGGCUAGUUGUCAAAAAGACAGUCUUAAGCACAUAAAGUCAGAUUCUCAUCAUGUACAGUACAGAAUUGCUUUAGGUAAACAGAACAACCAAAAUAGGAGAACCAGUGCUUCGCCAAGAUCUGACCAACCUGGUUUACAUGACCUACUUCACACUUUAUAUGGUCAAGAUAUCCCCUACCAAGGGGAUAUGCCAUAUCAAGCAGAUUCAAGUACCAAGAAGAAGAACAAAAAAGCAAAGUGAUUCAAGGAAAGAUAUGUAAUUAUUUUAAUGUAACCUUAAGUGAAAUGUAUUGUUUUUGCUGAUCAUUGAAUUUGAACAAGCUUGUACAAUUAAAUCAUGCUUUCAAUCAA